ACACGUGUAUUGGUUACUCAUGGUAUUCAUUGGCUACCAAUGGUUGACCACAUCAUAGUUUUGACCAAUGGUCAGAUCUCUGAGACAGGAUCGUAUGAUGAGCUGAUGUCACAUGAUGGUGCGUUUGCCAGUUUUCUCAAGGAAUAUUUCCAGCAAGAAACUGAAACUGAUGCAGAUGAAGAAAUGGAUGAGGAUCCAGACA